UGCUCGCAGUAGUAACCAGGAGAAACAAAGCAACUGCUAGGGGGAGGAGAGCGCGCGCAGUAUUGCUUACCCCGAGGAGGAGCUUGCCUCCGGAGUUCAGUUCACAGCAUCAGUACCGAAACUUGCGCUGUCCUUCCUCUGCGUUGGUUCUUCUAGACAAAGAAAAACAUUAUCUAAGCUAUUUAUAGCUGGUAGUCUAUAGCUAAAGGCUGGUGCCAGGUUUGGGUUCUCCAAGACUGGGUAUGCGCGUUUUCUUUUGAAGGAUAUGGUCACAACCCCGGUCUCAAAGUGGAGCCACGCACAUCUCGGAUCGGCGCGCUCCUCCAGGGGCUAGGAUGCGCGCCCGGAACGUCAAGGUUCUUGCCCGGGUUUGGGUCUGAACAGGAAUCCACUGCCCCGGGGCGCCGAGGCAGGAGGACCCAGUCGACCCGUACCAGGAUGCCGGUGAUGCGAGGUCUGCUGGCUCCGCAGAACACCUUCCUGGACACCAUCGCCACCCGCUUCGAUGGCACCCACAGCAACUUUGUCCUGGGUAAUGCCCAGGUGCAAUCCCUCUACCCUAUUGUCUACUGUUCUGAUGGCUUCUGUGAGCUGACCGGCUACGCCCGCGCCGAGCUGAUGCAGAAGAGCUGUGCAUGUCAUUUCCUGUACGGGCCAGAGACCAGCGACCAGCUGACGGCGAAGAUCCAGGGGGUGUUGGACGACAGGGGGGAGUUUAAGACCGAGCUGGUGUUCUACAAGAAGGGAGGUACCCAGUUCUGGUGUCUGCUGGACAUCGUGCCCAUUAAGAAUGAGAAGGGAGAGGUGGUGCUGUUUCUGGUGUCCCACAAGGACAUCACUGACAACAAGAAGGACCGGGACCCAGAGCAAGGCCCCGAGACUGAUGAGGAGACGGGUCUGGAGAUGCACAAGGUCACCCGUCCCCCAGGCUUCAACACCAACCGCAGACGCAGCCGGGCGGUGCUCUACCACCUGUCUGGACACCUGCAGAAACAGGACAAGAGCAAGAUCAAACUCAACAACAACAUGUUUGGGGACAAUCCGCCCAUCCCAGAGUACAAGGUGGCAGCCAUUCAGAAAUCCCGAUUCAUUUUGCUCCACUACGGGACCUUCAAGGCUGGCUGGGAUUGGCUAAUCCUGUUGGCUACCUUCUAUGUCGCAGUCACAGUGCCCUAUAAUGUGUGUUUCACUGUGGUGGGGGGACGGGACGAAGGAAGCCCCGCCCCCCGCAGCCCCCCCAGUGUGAGUGACAUCCUGGUGGAGAUCCUGUUUAUGCUGGAUAUCGCAUUGAACUUCCGGACGACCUUUGUGAGCACAUCGGGCCAGGUGGUGUACGACGCUCGUUCCAUCUGUUUGCACUACGUCACCACCUGGCUGUUUGUUGACCUCAUCGCUGCAUUGCCCUUUGACCUGCUCUAUGCAUUUAACGUCAGUGUGUACUUUGGGGUCCACCUGCUGAAGACAGUGCGGUUGCUGCGCCUGCUGAGGCUUCUCCAGAAGCUGGAGCGCUACUCCCAGUACAGUGCUGUGGUCCUCACCCUGCUCAUGUCCAUGUUCGCCCUGCUGGCCCACUGGAUGGCCUGCGUCUGGUACUUCAUCGGACGCAGAGAGAUCGAAAACAGCCCCAACUCCUGGGACAUCGGUUGGCUACACGAAUUGGGAAAGCGUCUGGGCACCCCUUAUUUUGUAUCUCCCCUGGCCACUCUGGCUCCUGAUUUGCUGCACCCUGCAAUCGUUGACUCCCUGCAUGCCAACAGCAGCCAAUGGAAUGUGUCCGGGUCGGAGCUGGCGGGGCGAGACUCGUGGAACACCAGCCAGUGGAACGUCACGUGGAUGGGGGCUGGGGUGGGGGUCAGGGUGGGUCAGGGUGGAGGGAUGCUGGGUGGGGGUCCGUCAGUGAGGAGCUCCUACGUGACGUCUCUGUACUUCGCUCUGAGCAGUCUAACCAGCGUGGGCUUCGGAAACGUCUCAGCCAACACCGACUCAGAGAAGAUCUUCUCCAUCUGCACCAUGCUCAUAGGAGCCCUGAUGCAUGCGGUGGUGUUUGGUAACGUGACUGCCAUCAUUCAGAGGAUGUACUCUCGGCGCUCCCUCUACCACACCCGUACCAAGGACCUGAAGGACUUCAUCAGGGUCCACCGCCUGCCCAAAGCCCUGGAGCAACGCAUGCUGGAGUGUUUCCAGACCACCUGGUCCGUCAACAACGGCAUCGACGUCAAUGAGUUGUUGAAGGACUUCCCAGAUGAGCUGAGGGCAGACAUCGCCAUGCACCUGAACAAAGAGCUGCUGCAGCUGCCGCUGUUUGAGUCGGCCAGUAGGGGAUGUCUGCGCUCCCUGUCCCUCAUCAUCAAGACGUCGUUCUGCGCCCCGGGGGAGUAUCUCAUCCGCCAGGGAGACGCCCUGCAGGCCAUCUACUUUGUCUGCUCUGGGUCCAUGGAGGUGCUGAAGGACAACACUGUGCUGGCUAUACUGGGUAAAGGGGACCUAAUCGGCAGUGACUCCCUGACCAAGAAGCAGGUGAUUAAGACGAAUGCCAACGUGAAGGCUCUGACCUACUGUGACCUGCAGUACAUCAGUCUGAAGGGACUGAGGGAGGUUCUACGGCUCUACCCAGAGUACGCCCAGAAGUUCAUCUCUGAGAUACAACAUGAUCUGACCUAUAACCUCAGAGAGGGUCACGGAGCUGACGUGGACUGGGAGAGUAAUGGAAGUUUGGUGAAGAAGCUGUCUUCCAUUAAGGAAGAUGAAGAGGGUGAUGAAGAGCAGAGCUCUGUGUCGCGUGCCCCUCGUUCCCCUCGACGUCUGACCAGGGUUCUCAACUCGCCCCUGCGUUCGCCCCUGCUGCACCCUCGACCCUUCCGCCCCCCCUCAGAAUACACCCGCCCCACCACUCUGCAGAUACCUGUGGUCAGCUUCAGCAGUGCGCCACUGGAGCUUAGUCCAAGGUUUGUGGAUGGUAUUGAGACAGAGAGCAGUGUGAACUCCUCCCAGAAGUUUGAGUUUAGCUCCAGGCUGGUACACAGUGGUCAACCAUCCCCAGGACUAGGGAUCCUGGAGCAGUCAGAUAUCAAGCAGACUGUUUCUAAGCUGAGUGACGAGAUGAGCACUCUCUCCCAGCAAGUCUCUCAUCUCAGCCAGGAGCUAAAGGAAAUGACCCGCCUGCUCCGGCCCCUCCUCCUUGUGGCACCUCAGCCAAUCCUGACAGCCAUAACGCCCAGCCUGACUCCACCCCCCAGCAGUGCCAACAAACCGUCCUCCAACACACCUCUGGUGGUCCCACCUCCAGCCCCGCCCUGCUCCCCGUCGCCCCACCCCCAACAAACACAGUCCUGCUCACUAUUGGACAUGGACAGUGCUGACACGGGGAACGUGGGCUUGCCAAGUUGCCUCCUCCCAACCCCCCCUCCACAGAGGCCUCCAGCCCAGACCCAGUCUCCAAUCUCCCCAGAGAGAAGUUCUAAGGACUUACCCCAGUCCAACCCCCCUUCCCCUGGGACAGAAGACAUGAGGGGGUCACCCCACCUCUCCAACCACACCACCUCUAGCAACAGUUUCCUUCCCUCUGCCCAGGACAGAUGUACCCUAGCCUCUGGCACCAUGUCCCCCUCCCUCUCUUUCUCCUUGUCCCUCUCCUCCUCCCCCUCCUGCUCUCCCUGCCAGGGUCCCCAUCACUCACGAUCUGGUAGCCACAGCAGGGGCCUGCUCCCCCCGCCCCCCUCCCAGGACAACACGCCCCCGCCUUCCUCCCAUUGCUCCGCUCCUCCGUCACUCAGCUCCUCACCUGGAGACCAUAAGCUGAAGUUGGUCUUCCCCUCUUCCUACUCCACUCCCCUCAUCCCUCCCCUCCCCUCUCCUUACCCCUCGACCCUCUCCCUGGGCCCGUUCUCCCUGGACUCUCUGAGGGGGGAGACGCAGGGGGGCACCAGGCUGGAGGCAGGACACCUGGCGCUGGAGAUGCAGGAGAGGGGAGGAGAGAGGGGGGAGAGACGCUCCCAGAUGAUGGAGCACAUCAGCUACAUGGACGAGGAAGGGCCAGCUCUGUGACAGAGAGGCAGAUUAUAUGCAAGAAGAAACAGCAGAGACAGAAUGAAGAGAGGAGAGGAGAGGAGAGGAGAGGAGAGGAGAGGAGAGGAGAGGAGAGGAGAGGGAGAGGAGAGGAGAGG